GUCACAGUCAGUCUGCUGCUGGUCGGUGGACAGGACAGUCGGACAGCGGACAAUCCACACUCGUCCACGCUCGUCCACACUCGUCCACAGUCCACACUCUGAGGAGCACCGGGGCACCGGCUGAUAGAGGACAGCGAGACGCCUCAACGGAGGAGCCAUGAAGACACUGCACUGGGUAUGUCUUCUGGCAGCUGCCGCAGCCGUGGUGACCACAACUGAGGCCGGCCUUCAGAGGGAGCGCCGCGACUUGUUCAGUCUGUUCGGCCUGGGCAGCAGACGGCGCGGCAGGAACCACGCAGGAGGACGGGGUCGUAGCAGGGGUCAUGGCCACGGCCACGGUAAGCCGAGCGGGGCGCGGCCGUACCCAGUCUCGAUUGGGCUGAAGCCACAUGCGAUCGUGGUGCCGACGCCGUCAGGAAGCUACGGGCCGCCCUCAGGAGGGCACGGCGGAUCCGGAGGACAUGGGGGACACGGAGGAUCCGGCGGACACGGUGGAGGAGGACAUGGUGGAUCCGGAGGGCACGGCGGACUUGGCGGAGGAGGACAUGGUGGAUCCUCUGGCGGACACGGUGGAUCCGGACACGGUGGAUCCGGAGGACAUGGUGGCGGCGGUGGACACGGUGGACACGGUGGGUCCGGAGGACAUGGUGGAUCCGGACACGGUGGGUCCGGAGGACAUGGCGGCGGCGGUGGAGGGUACAGUGGAGGCGGACACGGAGGAUCCUCUGGCGGACACGGAGGUGGAGGACAUGGAUCUUCAGGAGGACACGGAGGUGGAGGACACGGCUCCAGCGGAGGACACGGCAGCGGUGGCAGUGGCGGUUACGGCGGCGGACAGCAGAUCGAGCCGGACGUCUCCCUCGCGUGCGAGGCCUGCAAGCAGUUCGAGUGGGUGCCUCUGCCGGACACCUCCUACAGUCAGCCGCAGCCACAGCAAGAGUACGGCGCUCCCACGACUUCAGUUCCCGAGCAGAGUUACGGCUCGCCGCAGCCCACCACGCCGGAGUACGGCGGGUUUGUCCCCGUCCAGCCCCAGCAGGGGUACGGAGGACCCACGCAUCAGCCCCAGCAGGGGUACGGAGGACCCACGCAGCAGCCCCAGCAGGGGUAUGGGGGACCACAGACCUCAGGACGUGGUCACAGUGGCUCUCAGGGAACCUCUCACGUCGUGCAGAGCUCCAUCACGGUCCAGCCUCAGCAGAGUUACCGAGGACCUCAGAACUCGGGUCACAGCCAGGGUGGGUUCCGGCAGAACAGCAGCCCUAUCUUCUACCCUUCAUCAGGCUCCUCUGGCGGUAACAGCCAGAACGGCUACUCCUCCCCGCAGCCGCAGAGCAUCAUCAGUCCCCAGCAGGCUGAUUACCUGGCCCCUGCGGAGCAGCACCAGCAGGGCGGUCAGCAGGGCGGUCAGCAGGGUUACACCGCGCCAAGGCCAGAGGACAUCAUCAGCUCCAAUCAGAUCGGACAGCAGUACACCACACCGCAGUCUCAGCCGCAGCAGCAGUAUAGCUCACCGCAGCAGCAGCCACAGCAGCAGUAUACCUCGCCGCAACCGCAACAAUCCGGAGGUGGUCAGAGCUACAGUGCACCUCGUCCAGAGGACAUCAUCAGCCCGAACGAGAUUCAGCAACAGUACAGCUCACCUCAGCCACAGCAGACGUAUGAUGCCCCACAGCCCCAGCAGCAGCAGCAGCAGCAGCAGCAGCAGCAGCAGCAGGCGGGAGGUCAGGCAUACAGCUCUCCUAGACCGCAGGACGUCCUCAGCUCUGGGCAGGCACAGCAGCAGUAUUCAGCCCCUCAGCAGCAGCAGCAGCAGCAGCAGCAGCAGUCCUACGACGCUCCGAGCCCUCAGCAGCCGCAGGCGGCCGGGCCCGGUGGUCAGACAUACUCGGCACCCCGCCCUGAGGACAUCCUCAGCACCAGCGAGGUGCAGCAGCUCGGUCAGCAGGGCUCCGGACGGUCUCCGUUCGUCCAGGCCGGCUCCCCGCAGGAAUUCGGCUCUGCCCGGGGCCAGUCUGUCUCCCAGGCCAGCCUCGGUGGCGGCCAGUCUCAGAGAGGACAGUCGACGGGCGGGUACGGCCCUCCCAGCGCCGCUGACAUCAUCACCGGGCCGCUGCCGGCCGGCGUUCAGGUCGGAUCAGGGAGUUCAGCGACCUCCGGGCAGCAGCAGGAGGUGCGGCAGGGUUACGGACCCCUGAACAGCGACAGCAUCCUCGGAGCUGCGGAUGGCGGCAGUGGAAACCUUGGACUUCUGACGCCCUCAGUCACAGCGGCGCCGGCAGUUGCUUCUGGGUUCACCUCUCAGACGUCGGCACCAGCGUCUCCGACUGGUUUCGGCCCUCUGUACGACAGCAGCAUCGUCUCUGAGGAGGAGGCCGCUCAGGGGGUGGCACUGUCAGGUCAGGGUUCUGAGGCUCCCACGGGCGAGUACGGCCCUCCGGACGGCGGCAGCGUCGUCUCGGAGGUGACGCUGCAGCAGGGUCAGGACUUCGUGACCUCUCCAGCCAGCGGCGGCGAGCAGCAGCUGUCCUUCGAAGGCGUCUUCUCGGGAAACCAGCAGUCGGACGCGCAGCCGGUCUCGUUUGAAGGCGUGCUCUCUGGAGGGUCGGUUGGAGACGAGUUCGCCAGCCGUCCUGACUCGUACGAAGAUAACUUCAUCGCCGGGCAGACGUCGGAGAGCGGUGGCCAGUCGGAGUCACUCGACUUCAGCAGCGUCUUCGUCCAGGACGAGCAGCCCCGUCCAGCUGACGGCGGUUUCUCUGAAGCGGCUGCACAGGUGAAUCCCAAUCAGGUGGAUCUCGGGUCAGUGUUCCAGCCGGCUCAGGCGCAGGAAGAGUACUCGCCUCCAGCACAGGACCAGUUCAGCAGCUCUGUCCAGCCGAGCGAUGAGCAGGGACUGGCGCAGGCGGUCGACUCUCCAACCCAGGGCUACCUGGCUCCGGAGAGUGCCGGUGGAUCAGGCCAGUCGGGCUCCCUCCUACCAGACAUCGACAUCCGGGCCAAUCUGCAGAAGGUAGUCACCGAUCAGGUGGACGAGACCGUCCGCAACGCUUUCAUGACCGCUAACCCGCUCGUGGAGGAGGCUCCUUCGCUGGAGGAAACGCUACUAACGAGUGACCAGCCGCCUUCAACCCUGACAACACCUCAGCGGACCUACGAGAGCGCGUCGCUAACACCUGCUCAGACUGCCGAGCCGCCGGCGACCGCGGCGAUACCUGCCGGGCAGUCGGUGGCGCCACCAGCCGGUGGUUCGGUGUUCGGGGCGAGAAUCCGUCCCAUAGCGGACGGUUACCUGCCGCCGCCGCUUACUCCGGUGACCGCUUCCGCUUCAACUGACCCGCAGGCCGCAGAUGGAGUAGAGACGUCGACGCUCUCGGCCGUCCGUCUAGUGGCCGAGCUAGCGCGCAGCGCCGCCCCCGACGCACUUCCGGCCGCCACCGCCGCCCCGACGGACACCGAUGACGUCAGACGUGUGACGCCAGCGUCACGGGGCCGCCGGCGCCGGCUGGGGUCACGCACUUCGCCCGUCACGACCGUCACGGCCGGCACCACGCCGGACCCGGAGACGGAGGCCAUUCGGGCCGCCAUGCUGGAACUGGCCAGAUUGUAGGAAAGUUGGCGGUGGAAUAUGCUCACGAAUGAGGUGUGGUUAAUUGCAGCUGUUUGGGAUCUGGUACCACCAAACAAUGGUUAAGUGGUAUAUGUGUGUCGUUGGGAUUGUGAGGACUUUACUUGCUUGAAUAUCAAAUGCACUGCACGAUGAGGAUUAUAGAAGGGCAGCGUGGAUCCAUUCAUUCCAGUGCUGCUGUGGUUGCCGCCACGUAUGCCGUACGGGGACGUACAAAAUAUUGUGUUGUUUUUCGAGGUGCUAUCGUUACGUGUUUUGUAUAAUAAAAUAGUAAUCAGAGGUG